AUGGAGAACGAACAACAACAAGCUCAGGCCCCACCAUCCUGCCGUGCUGGUUGCGGAUUUUUUGGAGCCUCCGCUACAGAAGGCUACUGUUCGCAAUGCUUCAAGAACACGCUGAAGCGCCAGCAAGAUGCUGUCAGGCUCACAUCACCUGUUGUUUCUCCGUCUUCCAUGGCCACCUCCUCCUCUGCCCUUAAAUCUGAUCCGACAAGUGUGGAACUUUGUAUGAAAGCAGCCGUCAGUGCAUCCGAUGCAACGGUGAAGCUUGAUUGUGAAGAAAUUCUCAGUGUGACCGAUGAAACUGUGACGACGACGGUUGUUGAGAGCACUGCACCCACGACAAUCGUCGUGGACGCCCCUGCCCCGGUGAAAAAAGCUAAUAGAUGCCAUAUGUGUAAAAAACGGGUUGGACUUACCGGUUUCUCGUGUAGAUGUGGAGGAUUGUACUGCGGAGAUCACCGCUACGAUCAGGCGCACAACUGCCAAUUCGACUACAAGACAAUGGAACGUGAAACUAUCAGAAAAAAUAAUCCUGUUGUUGUGUCGGAUAAAGUUCAAAGAAUCUAA